AUGGAGGGGAUUGGACUGAGGAACGAUCGUUCUCCGUUCUCCGACGCACCACGCUUCGAUCACGAUCAUUGCAGGAACCCUCGUCACAGCCACAGUCGUGAUUGCUACCGAGCUCGCCGGGAUUCAUGGAUGAAACAACGGUGGCGAUCAUGCUCUGUUUUUCCUAAACACUACCGGUACCAGACGGCGGACAAAACUACAGGACGGCGGCAGUACGCGGAUGAUCGGAGCCAGCAGGAGUUUCAUGUCAACUGUCAGAGGGGUGGGAAAUGGCAUAGGCGUGUAGCAGCUCAUGAGAGAAACGAUGGGAUGAAGCUUGAAGCAUUGAUCAGCCGUGAUGGUGUGAAAGCUCACGAGGGAGAAGGCUUAGGCUGUAACAGUGAGCAUGAGAAACAUAGGCUUAGGAAAAGAGGUAAUGAUAAUUUGGGAACGGAGCUCAAACGGUACGUUUCGUUUUAUUUUACAAAUUUCCCGUACCAAUUAUCAAACUUCUAUCUUAGAAAAGGCUUCAAAGUAUGUGGUAUGCUGGAAGAUGUUUUCCUUCCCAAAAAGAGAAAUAGACGGGGCCAACCCUUUGGUUUUGUCAAAUUCUCCAACGUGAGGGACGUUAAUAAAUUGUUACGUGCUUUGAAUAAAGUUAAUUUUGGCCAAUUCUGUGUUCGCGCUAGAGUAGCCAGUUUUGACCGCUAUAAUUAUACGGCAGGGCAAAGAAUGGAGAAAGAGUGGCCUAGUUUGUCGAAGGGUAAUGAUAGGCCAGCUUUGCGAGAGGGUAGAGCCGAAGAAACGCGAACAGAGAAUUUAAAAGCCAAUGGAGGAUGUAUUGAACCUAUGGGAACGUCGGUUCAGAAAAGAGCUGCUAGGGACGUUGACCCCGAUAGAGGAGGUUCUGGAGAAUCAGGGGCUGUCCGGGUAGGAGAGGUUGUGGUCCCGUUAGGUGCACGUAACGAGAAUGUAAUGUGCGUUAAUGACCAGGUGCAGAAAGGGGCACAUACACCGAGUAUUCCUGUUUUACCGGAAGUAACCGUUAAGAAGAUAUAUUUGCCAAGCUACAAAACGGAACCUGACGAUGUGGCCUGGGCGCAAAAUGGUUUAGUGGCGACUAUUAUUAAUGGUGAGGCGGUUCCAGUUGUGCAGAGUAGAAUAAUGGAUGCAGGUUUUAACGAUGUCAUUAUCAUCCCAAUGGGGGCUGAUAAGGUUUUCGUCCGGAGCUCGUCAGGAAUCGAUGUGAAGGCAAUCAUCGACUCGGCUAAAGAGUUCUUUCAGAUUAUUUUCUCGAGCUGGACGUCCUGGGAAAGCCAUGCGCAGGAUUACAGAAGAGGCGCCUGGGUGCAUUUGUAUGGUAUCCCACUGCAAGCCUGGAACGAGAAUUUCUUCAAGUUAUGCGUUCUUGAUUGUGGCAGGUUCUUACGAGUGGAAUAUGGCUCAGUGGAAAAGGAACGCAUUGAUUUUGCUCGUGUUUUGAUAGCAACACCUAAUUUGGAAAUUGUCAACACAGUCGCGACUGUUUUGGUGGACGGUAUUCAGUUUGAGGUGAAAAUAGUGGAGGAAUGGGGUUAUACUCUAGGGGAGGAUAACUGUCUUUUUGAGGAAGACAACGAGUCUGUGAAGUCUCACUCCGAUCAUGACGAGGGUCAGGGUGACCCGGAAGUUCGCCGUCAUCUUGACACUAUGGUUGAGAAUUUUGCAAAAGGAAUGGAGGCAGAAGAUGACAUAGGAUCUCAGGAUAAUUUUGAGUUAUCUCACUUGCGAGGAGGCGGGGAGGGGGGGAGCAAGAAUGUUGGAGAGUUUGGAGUAAACUUUCCUUCAAGGGGGGAAAAGCAUGUUGUUAGAGGUACAGGAUGCGACUCUGUGAUUUCUCCUUUUUCGAAGGGAAUUCAGGGCAGUAUAUCUAUUUGCUCGCCAGUUAAUGGAAGUGGACGCUAUGACGGUAACAAAGGGAGUGAUGGGUCAUUCCCGACUCUAUCUAAUGGUAACCGUGCAAAAUCUUGCCCACCAGGUGCGACACGUUCUAUGUUAUCGGGGCCAUGGAGUUAG